GGCUGAGCCACAUCAUGGUUUUAAAACCCUUGUUCCCAGUCUCUCUUUCUCUCACCUCGUGUCACAACUUGAGAAGGGUGCAGUGAAAAGAUGGGCACUUUUUACGCUGUUGCAGUUUUACUGGCAGUCUUAGCCUAUCAAGCAAAUUGCUUGCAAAAUGCCCUUACUGUUGAUGAAGCAUACAGGUUUUCAAGUACUCUACAGAAACAUAAUGCAAAGGAUCUGGAAGAAGCAUAUCAUGUUGUAAAAGCACUUAGCGCACUUGGAAAAGGCGUUGAAGAGGAUUAUUGCAGCUUUGCAUCAAACAAUUUGAAGAAAGAUGUUAAAUCAAUUUUCUAUUAUUCAGAAAUUGUGAAGUCUCUAGGUUGCCAGAAUGCUGUCAAAAGCAUUGAUGGCGUAGAUGAAAAGGACACAAACAGUAUCUCUUUUGCAAUUGCAGCACAUGCUAAUCUGGGUUUGAAAGUUCAAGAUAACUUGGUAAAAGCCCUUGAAAAAGCUGUCAAAAGUGAUGAUUCACCAGCCAGUUCUGCAAAUGCUUUUUAUGCUGCAAGUCUGCUUCCCAAAGAAACCAACCUGAAGUUCUUGACAGACCUUGUUGAAGAUAUUGUUGCUCAGGCUGAUGAAAUCGACAAUACAAUUUUAAAGUUUGAAGGUGGAUUGCCUGUGACUGCUGCUGUUGUUAGAGGUGUUCUUGCUUUGGCAGAUUCACAAAACAAAGCUUCUUCACUUUCUGCAGAGCAACUGACAAAGUUUGCCCAAUAUUUCUUGCAAAGAAAAUAUGUCAUGGAUGUCAAGGGUAUCUUUGAUGUUGCAACUGUGCUGUCUAAAUUAUCAAAGAACAAGUUUCAAGUUCCUGUUGUGGUGUCAGUUUACAAGGCUGACAGAAUGACUGAAAAGAAUAGAAUUUACAAGGUGAGAGUUACUGAUGUCAUGGAUAACUCGAUUCCAGAUGUUGAAGUUGUUGCAAAAUCUGUUACUUCUGCAGCUGGAGAUACAGUUGCUGAAAAUGUUGCUUUAGUUAAAGGACCCAAAGAUGACUACCUUAUUGUCAAGUCAGAAAUUGCCAAAGGGUACAUUGCUGCCAACUCAUAUGUUUAUGAUUUUGGCACAGCUGAAAGAGGCAUCUAUACAUUGACGUUGAAUGUAGAGUUUAAGAAAAAUGCCAAUGUUUACAUUGGUGGAAAGGAUGCUGAGCUGAAAGCUAAGGUUUUGUCAAGAAUUACUGUUGAAAAUAUUGAAGUUGGUAUUGCAGACAGAGAGCAAUCUGCAUCCUCCAAGGCAAUCAAAGUAAAAUUCCCAGAGAGCAUCAAGUCUGAUCUUGAAGCUGAUUAUCAUCAAAAAAUUAUCAUGAAAUUCACAUUGAAGGAGUUGUCAGGAAAUCCAACAACUGUUCAUCAGGCGUUUGUAAGGCUCACACAUGUUGCAACUGGACAAGAAAUCUUUUUUGUUGCCCAGCCAGAUGAUGAUGUUUACAAAUUUACUCUUGAUCUCGGAACAACUGGCAAGGAUUCAUUCAACAAUCUUUCUGGAAAGUACAAAAUGGAUCUGAUUGUUGGUGAUAAGUUAGUACAAAUCCCAAUUAAAUGGAAUGUGGCCACUGUUUCACUCAGUUUUGCUGAAGAGCCAAAGAAAACAAAGAAGCAAGCUCGUACAACAGAACCGCUGCCAGUUAUUGAGCACAUGUUCCGCGUUCCGGAUAAACGCCCACCCAUCAUCGUUUCCAACGUUUUCACAGCUUUGAUUGCAGUUCCAUUCUUUGUGAUGCUUAUUUGGUGGAUCCAACUUGGUAUAAAUGUCUCGAACUUUGAUUUCUCUGUUCCAACAUUGAUGUUCCACAUUGGCCUUGCAGGUAUAUUUGGACUUUACUACAUGUUCUGGAUUAAAUUGAACAUGUUUACUACUUUGAAGUGGCUGGCACUAUUUGGUAGUUUGGCUUUCCUGGGCGGUAACAAAAUGUUAGCUGCCAUGGCUGCCAAAAAACAAACAAAGUCUUGACAUUUGCACGCGCUAAUUGAUGUAUUGAAAUUAUAAGAACACGUUGAAAACCUUUUUUGAUAUCUGAAUCGAAAUAAGUAACAUUUUUAGUGUAAA